CGGCCCUGACGCUGCUAAACUCAAAAUCUCUGUUCACUGUCUAGGGUUCGAGAAUUCGAAGAAAAUGGAGCAAGAAACCGGAUUGUCAGAAUCCGCGGCGGUGAUAGCCUGCGCGGCCAUGACUUUGUUUUAUGUGGCUAUUCUUUAUGCUCCCAGUUUGAUCUUACGGCUCCCACCUCCGUCCUCUCUCAAGGAAUUCAUGAUCCGACGGUUCGUAUGCGCCGCCAUUUCUUCGAUUGUGUCUAUUGUUUUCUGCUCUCUUAUCCUUCCUAUGAGUAGCAGGGAAGCAUCUCAUUUGCUUGGCGUUUAUGGAAUCCGGUUGGACCAUAUUUGGCAAGCGGUGGUCUUUCCUAUUUCCUUGACUUCUUUAAUGUACGCUGGAUCUUUUUGCCUCAAGUUAUUGUUAUUGGUGGAGUCAUGGAAGGAGCAUUUGAAUGAGUGUGGAGGAUUUUCAUUUGGCUACAUCAAAAAUCUCAUGCAAAACUUCAUUGCUUGGAUGUCUUCAACUUCUUCUAAUGUUCUGGCGUGGCGCAAUUAUGUAGUGGCUCCAUUAACAGAGGAAUUGGUGUUUAGAGCAUGUAUGAUACCUUUACUUCUGUGUGGAGGAUUCAAGAUCUACAGUGUCUUUUUUCUCUGCCCUAUUCUUUUCAGCUUGGCACAUUUAAACCAUUGGAUGGAGAUCUAUGUCAGGCAUAACUACAGUAUGCUUAAGGCCGCCAUGGUUGUAGGUCUUCAGCUUGGCUACACUGUGAUUUUUGGCUCAUAUGCUUCUUUUCUUUUUAUUCGAACAGGGCAUCUUCUAGCUCCAUUAGUUGCUCAUAUAUUUUGCAAUUUUAUGGGAUUGCCUGUGCUUUUUGCAAGGAGUAAAGGCAUUGUUGUGGGUGAUGAAAGAAGAUGUGGGUCAUGUCAUCGUUGAGUUUUGUGGCAUUUCUGAACAUCCUUGUCAAGAAGUCAAGGUAAUCUUCUGAUUCCAUUUUGUUCCUUUAUGUCGCUGCAUAUUUUGAUACAUGGAGCUACUCUUUUCUUGAAUGCUGAAAUUAUUUUCAAGUAAUAGAUCUUUAGAAUUUCUGUAAGAUUAAGAUUUGAGAGAGCGUACAUUGCAGAGAUGAGCUUAUUGAUUAACUUUUGUGCAAUAACUGUGGAAUCUGGACCUACAUUUUUCUUUUUCUCCUUGGUCCAAAGGCAGCAAUAUGUUGAGUUAUUUUUCCUGGUCCAAAAAAGGCAACAAUGAGCUGCUAGCUGCAUAACAAGUAUUAGGCUUUUCCUGCCUCUAUCCGGCCAGCCAGUGGCACCUAUCCGAGGUCUCUAUAGCAAGUCACAUAGACUACACUUGCAUUGCAUAUCUCUCUAAACUAUCACAGAGAAAUCUUGCUUCCAUUCCAUCUUAGGUGUCUGUAAGUAUAACAAAGAAAUACCUUAUGUAACGUCCCAUUGCUAUGGUAAUAUUUGACAUUUGAUGACCUGAA